CGAAACGUCAAAUAAAAAUAAUCAUAAAUUGAUUUUCUUCUUCAAAACACUACCAAUUUUAUAUUUAACAUUUUUAAUUUAAUAAAUUGCAAUGGAAAUCACUGAAGAAACAGAUCAACAAACAGCCGGAGCUCCAGCGAAACGAAAGCGUUCCAACCCAUUCAAUGUGAAUCGCAAGGAGGAUAAGGAAAAACGUCGUCAGAAGCGAGCCAGGCUCAUAAUCCGUAACAUUUCCUACAAAGCCACUGAGAAAACGCUGCGAGAACACUUCGAGAAGCACGGAACAAUCCAGGAUUUGAAUCUUCUCAAGCGUCCCGAUGGUAAACUAGUCGGUUGUGCGUUCGUUCAAUACGAAACAAUCAAUCAGGCGGCAGGAGCUAUUCUGAAAACAUCCGGCAAAGACUUCUUGGGAAGGACAAUUUUCGUAGAUUGGGCUCUAGGAAAGGAUGAAUACACAAAGAAAAAGGGUGAGACUCAACCAAAAGUCGAACCAAAGGAUGAAAUAAAAUCCGAAGAAGAAGAUGACGACGAUGAAGAUGACAACGACGAAGCUGCCAAGACAGAGAGUGAUGAAGAAGAAGAUCAAAAAGAAGCUUCAAUAAAAUCUGAAUCGGAUGCCGAAGAAAAUGAUUCCGAUGAUGACUCUGAAGAUGAAGAUAACGAUAGCGACGACGACGAUGAAGAAAAGAAGAACUUCGAUGAUAAUGAAGAUGAUGACGAAGACAAGAAAGACAUAAAAAGUAAAGUCAAGGUUCCAAUGGAAAAACAUCUUUCAAACGAUGUUAAAGAAGGCUGCACUGUGUUCAUCAAAAACGUGCCAUUCGAUGCCGAAGACAAUGAUUUGCGAAAAGUUUGCCGCAAGUUCGGUCCAGUCUAUUAUUCCAUCAUCAAUAGAGAUCCCGUGUCGGGUCACUCGAAAGGAAGUGCCUUCGUGAAGUUCAAAACCAAAGAGUCUGCUGAUCUUUGUCUGGCUUCGGGUACGGAGUUCGUUUUGAAUGAUACUCCUCUGGAUCCGUUUCCAGCACUGAGUCGAGAAGAGGUUCGGAAGCAGGCUGAUAAAAAGAAUUCAAAAGAUGAGCACAAAGACUCGCGAAAUCUUUUCCUAGCCAGAGAAGGUCUCAUCAUGACGGGAUCUAAAUCUGCGGAGGGUGUGUCGCAAUCGGACAUGAACAGGCGGCACAAGCUGGAACAGAUCAAGAACCAGGUGUUGAAGAACCUCAACAGGUUCGUUUCUCGGAAUCGUCUUUCUAUCCACAAUCUUCCGCUGACCUAUGACAAUGAGAACCUUCGGAAUAUGGUUAUCACCCACACCGGAUUCAAACCACACGAAUGUCGGGUUAUGCGAGAGAACAAGAUAACCGCGGAGCAUCCAAAGGGAAAGUCUAAGGGCUUCGGUUUCAUGUCGUUCACAACCCACAAAGAAGCUCUCACCGCUCUGAGGAAACUCAACAACAAUCCCACCGUUUUCGGAGAUACUCAUCGUCCAAUUGUAGCAUUCAGUAUUGAGGAUCGCGCUGUGCACAAGAUCAAGGAAAAGCGAACCGAAAAGUCGAAGAUAAAUAACCCUACAUACAAGGAAAAGCUGGAGAAACGCAAAGAGGCCAGAAGAAACAGCAGAAUGAUUAAAAAAGCCAAGACACUACCUCCACAAGGAGACAACAAGAAAAAAAUGCAAAAGCACAUAAAGAAAUUGGAGGAGUCCCGAGCGGCAGCGAUAGAGAAAAAGGCCAAACCUGUGACUGUUAUGGAAGACUUUGUCGGAUUCGAAGGCAAACCUGGAGCAUCGGUUGGACUGAGAUCAAACAAAAAAAUAAUGGAACAAGCCCAGGAACACAAGAAGAAAGUCGGCGAAAAGAAGCGCAAGGACAAGGCAAAGAAGCAAAAGAUAUUGCAUAGAAUAGAAAAGAGACAAAUCGACAGGACGAAGCAAAACAAGAAAAUAAGUAAUCGAGAUGAUUUGUCGCAUCUGGUCAAUAAAUACAAGAAUCUGAUUGAUAGCAGAGCGAACGAUGGUGUGAUGGAGAAGAAGAAGGGCAAGAGGGCGAAGUGGUAUAAAGAGUAGAUUGUUUUAUUUUUGUAUUUAGAAACUAGGCCUUAAAAUUCUUCAAAAUAUAUCCGAUGCUGAAAUCGAAAAUACA